AUGGAGCCGCCUCCUCGACUGGCAUUCUCCAACAGCAGCGGCGCGAGGGUCUCCUGCGCGGCGCACGGAACUCCAGCCCCCACCAUAUCCUGGAUGACCGAAGACGGCGCUCCAGUCACUGACGUACCGGGGUUGAGCCUAAAAUGGCAACAAAUAGCCCAAGAUAGAGAGAAAUGGGAAGCCUUGGAGCAGGCCCUUACCUGA